GUGACCUACAGGCUGAGACCCACUGAUGGAGGUUCUGAAGAGCCAGCAAUGUGCUAGUGAAUGAGGCAGGAGCUCUGGCAGGACCCUGAGAGAUUUUUCCCUUGAGCUGGGUUUUUCAUUUCCUUGCGUAGGAGCAAGGACAACUCCACAGGGGAAGCCUGCAGUGCUAUGCAGGCUUGUAGCAAACACUGGGCAGAUGACCAUGUGAAAUAAAGAAUCUGCAGAAGCCUUGGACGGGUGUGGGAAAGGGUGUGGUCAGUGCCAAAGAGAGAGUGUCCUCAGGGGCAAGGUUCAUGUGAGAGAGGUAGGGGCUGCCACACUCAGCUUCCCAUGGGAGACCUUCCCAGCCUGCCUGGUGGCCUUAAUUCCAAGCCCGUAUGACUCAGAGCAAAGCCAUCGGGAGAAUGUGCAUCCCUUCUCGAUCCCUGUCUCCUCCAUCUUGUUUCUUUUGGCACAAGCUGCAGCCAGGUAAGGGAGUCAGGAUCCAGAGAUUUCCCCAGGUACUGUGCUCUGAUGGACCAUACAAAGCUGGAAGCAACGGGAGCCAGGGGUCUUCUGCAGCUGUGCUCCAGCCUGUGCAAGCUAGCAAGCCCACAGUGAGAUGCCUGUGGCUCUGGAACCCCCUCCACUUUGGAGCACUCUCCCAAAGUGAAUGUCCAGAAGGGGAAGCCCACCUGCUGGGCAGGGUGGGAGAAGAUUCCCCGCCUUUUCCUCCUGAGAGUGAAUGCAGGCCCCCAACAGGGAGGCAGCGUAGACAUCUCUCUUACAAAGAUGCUCUCCAAGUCUCACAGCCUGUGUGUCCUCAGGUCCUUCUCUGCAGUUUGCCCUGGAGCCAAGUUCUCUCAUCCUAUGACCGUUCUGUUCUCUUCCCUGUGCAGGUGCUGAGCUGGGCCAGCGGGUAUCUCCAGGCAGCCUCUGCUAAUGAGCUCUUAGCAGGACAGGGGAGGAGACAGAUUCCAGCUGCCCCCGCAUGCCAGAGCACCAACCGCUCUGUUCCUUACAAGCCUGCCAGGUCCCAGCUCUGCUUCCCUGACCCCAUCUGCAGUCGCAAGCAAGCCCCAGCCCUGGAGGGGCUGCACCCUGCAACCUUCCCACAGCUGUCUCCUUUGGAUCUUUUUGCGGUCUGGGCUUGCUGUUCUCUCGACAGUAGUCAGGAAGCCCUUACCCCAAAAAGUAUCUACGGGAGGCUUGGUCUACAGGGGAGACCCCCAAGGGCUCCAGGUGAGUCACACCAAACUCAAGACUACCAUGUGGAUCCAGGGCGUCUUUGCCAUACCUUAGUAUUGCUGGGUGACCAUGGAUCAAGCCCUAAGCCUUAAGUUGGCAAUCUUCCUAAUGCUGUGACCCUUUAAUACAGUUCCUGAUCUUGUGGUGAUCCCAGCCAUAAUAUUGUUUUGAUGCUACUUUGUAAUUGUAAUUUUCUACCAAUAUGAAUUAUAAUGUAAAUAUCUGAUAUCAGGAUAUAUAUGACCCCCAAGUGAGUCGUGGCCCACAGAUUGAGAACCACUGUCCUAAGACAUUCUGUGCCCCAGUGACCUCAUACCUUUCCUGAUAGACAAUGUUUAGUAGGAGUGGCUUUAGUCAAAGCCAGCGAAGGCCACUUGGGUAGAUGUUGCUGGCUAUCAUGGGCACACCUCUCAGGGCUGUCACUCAAUAUGCCUAGCCCUCCUUCCUGGCAUUGGGUAGACAUGAGAUCCAAGACAGGCCUGGCUAUUGGAAUCCUGGGCAGAGGGACCUGUGACUGGGAACACCACAGUUGAUCCCAGCAGCCGAGUGAAGAUGGUAAGCCUCUGCGGCAGGAUGAGGUGUCUGCCUGCCGUCCCUUAGCCUGAGUCAGUCACCAUGACCCCCUUUCUCCUGUGAGUCACUACUAGUCCUUCAAAUAAAAUCCUUGACUGCUCAAGUUAA